GUCAUCGUAUCUGUUUUGGUCCUACAGAGCCACCGUAGCCAUCAUGGCGCUCUUAGUAGGAGUUGUGCUUGCUGUCUUACUAACAUGUUUGUUACUUAUUAUCCGGCUGUUUACCGUUGUGAAGACUGGAUCAAACUAUAAACCUGGAGCCAAAGGUCCGGUCUCAGUUGUUGUCGUCGCAGGAUCAGGUGGCCACACCACGGAGGUCCUGCGGCUGAUGGAGUGCCUGUCUGCGGCCUACACACCUCGACACUAUGUUAUUGCUGACAGUGACAGGAUGAGUGAGGAGAAGAUCUGCACCUUCGAACGCUCCAGACAACACUCAGACUCUGAGUCGCAGUUCACUAUCUGUUGGAUCCCACGGAGCCGGGAGGUGCAUCAGUCUUGGAGUUCCUCUGUUAUCAGCACCCUGAAUGCCCUGCUGUACUCCCUUCCUCUGGUGUUCAGACUCAGACCUGACAUGGUGCUGUGUAAUGGCCCAGGGACCUGCGUUCCCCUGUGUGUGGCAGGACUGCUGCUUGGAAUUUUGGGAAUGAAGAAAGUCCUGAUAGUUUACGUCGAAAGCAUUUGCCGAGUGCAGACACUGUCACUCACUGGAAAGAUCCUGUACCCAAUAUCAGACUAUUUCUUUGUGCAGUGGCCCUGUCUGAGAGACAAAUACCCGAAAUCCAUUUUCCUUGGAAGAAUAGUGUGAAAAUACAAAUGUCGGAUUAAAAUAUGUAAUGUUUGUUGUAAUGGUCAUGAACACAUGAUGGUUCUUUUAUUUUUGAGUAAUGUGAUGUUGGUAUAAUUUAAUAAUUCUGUAGGUGUGAAAUUUUAUAGAGUGCAAGGUGUAACACCACAGUACACUUGAUGUAUCAGAAAACAUAAGCUUCUAUAAAAAAAAAAUAACCUCAUAUAAUAGCUUAAGAAAGGACCAAAAUAUAUUUUUUUAUCUCUUAACUGAGGAGCUUCUUUCUGCUGUUGGUUGAAUAAGAAUUAAUGGAAUAGUUGCUUUGUUUUUCAGUCUGACAGAGCUGGCUUUUAUUUUGAUCAGUAGCCCACGGCUGUCUAUCAGCUUACGUUUCACUCUCACUUUACAUGCAGAAAUGCAACUCUGUGUCUAAUAUUAUGGAAUGCUAUUUGUGCAAAUAAUGUCAUAGAAAUUGUGUGGUAAGAUAACAUAAAAAUGUGUGUUAACACAUAAAGAUGGUGUGUAAAGAUGAUGAGUGUGCUGAGCUGGUGGCAGAAAGGGACAAUAGUGGUGUCAGUGUGAGUGCCAAAUAAAAUAUAAAAAACAGUAUAAUGUUUAUAUUUCUUAA